AUGAAUUACUCCUACUUUUUCCUUACGAUUUUCGUAUUAUUUUAUACAUUUGCUCGUAUUCAUGCGGGUGAUGAUGGAUUUAAACGCGAAAAAACACACAUGAAAAAAGAUCCGCGUGACUAUACUGACCGAGAUGUAGAUAGUUUGUUCGAAGAAUGGGAGGAUAACGAUGAAGAUGUUUUGCCCGAUGAUGAACGACAUGAUUAUUUCCUUCGAAAACCUCGUCCAAUGAUUCGUCCAGAAGAUCUCGUUGGCAAACAACCUGAACACAUCAUGAAAGUUUCCAAACAAGGACAAACAUUAAUGAUGUUUGCAACCGUUUCAGGCUCACCAACACGUCGCGAAACAGAAGAAAUCACUCAAAUCUGGUGGUGGGGUUUGAAAAAUGCGUUAUAUGAUGUUACUCGACAUGUCAUUGAUGAUAAUCGGAUUUUACUUGUCUUGAACGAUGGAUCUCAAGCAUUCGAAAUCAAAGAUUUUCUUGUACAACAAGAACGUUGUAAGGAAGUCACCAUUGAUAACCGUCCCUAUUAUGGCAAAGGUGCUACGAUCAUAAUUUCUCUGCAAUUACGAAACAAAAAUGCAACACAAAAACAAGUGUUUCUGCAAACAAGCGUCGAGAAAUUGUUGAAAUUGCCUAAACAACAUCGUAAUCGGUUAAAAAUCGGAAUCUCAUGGACCUCGAACAAAAAGAUCAUCAUGAAAAAACAUCGAAGAUAUCUUUCGUGA